AGCGCGUUUGUUUCAUCGAAUGUUUUGUGACUCCGAAGUUAAUUAGUUUUACAGACUGCCGAUAGUAAUUAAAAUGCGUUUCGCAAUAAAGCAGGCCGGCUGCGGUGCAGAGCGAGUUGGUACACUAACAGGAUUUUCUAAGUCACCUAGUACGAUUAUUGAAACUCCCACAGCUGCACUUCUUACUCAGGGAGGGAGUGUGGUUCAUUUGACGGCAGACGUGUUAGCUCGGGUGUUUUCUAACCCCCAACUUCUAUGGAUGCCUUUAACCAGUACCAGUCAUUUGGAAGGUGGAGUCAAAGCUCAGGGCGAGGGCAUAGCCCAGUUUGCUGGAGUUGCUGACCAUAUAGCCUGCACAACAUUGCAAAAUGUGAAUGAUGCUGCACCAUCGGGACACUUUGAAUUGGACAAGGUGCCAUUGUGGACAAAACGGGGCAAACAAAUGAUUUGUGCUGACAGAUACAUGGACAUUAUGGAGCUGUUCAAACCCGAUAUCAUUUUGGCAAUUGCAGAUGGACGCACAUCGCAUUCUGAAGGUUUCAAGAGAGUCCUCAAGGCCGUGAAUAGAAGUAACAACAUGCUGGAUAUUUGUGUCAAGCGAUUUAAAUCUUCUAAGCAACUGCAAGAAUCAUCAUUGAUAGGUGUUGUGGUAGCUGGUGGUAAUGAAAAGAAAUGCACUGAAAGCAUACAGCACAUUCUGGAGCACCAGCAAAGUUUGUCAGGUGUAGCUCUGCAAGGCAUAUUGGAUGGCACUGAAGAUUACACCAACCUGCCUGAUGACAAUGUGAUAUCUAUUUUUAAGAGAGUUAAUGAAGCUUUACCUACAGAGAUGGUUCGCAUCAUGGAAGGUUUCUGGAACCCCGCUGCAAUAAUGGCAGCAAUAGGCAAUGGCUAUGAUGUCUUCGACGGAUCUUAUCCAGUGAAACUGACCAAUGAAGGAUUCGCCUUGAUGUUAAACUUCCAUCUUGACCAAAACUGUGAUGAAUUGUGUAUAUUAGAUUUAAAUGAUAGCAAAUAUAAAGAAGAUUUCAGUCCCCUUCUAAAGGGUUGCGAGUGUUUGGCGUGCAAGAAAUAUACGCGGGCGUAUAUACAACACCUUCGAAAUACACGGGAAAUGCUGGCUUCUGUGCUGCUCAGCAUCCACAAUCUCCAUCACUUCGACCAGAUGUUCCAUCACGCCCGUCGACAUAUUGCCGUAAGAACAUUUGACACAUUCCGAAAUCACAUCACAAAACAGUAUGAACUGUAUAAAGACUCUCAAGUGAAAUCUGACGAAGUAACGGUGUGUAAAACUGACAGUGAGAAUGUGGAGGCGGCUGCUGUGAAAAAGAUUCGGGUAACUGAUGAAGUUUGUAGUGUAGCUAAUGGUAAUGCUUGAUAGUAU